UCAUUUGAGACAUUAAAUAGCAGCGCAGCUUGUAACACCACUGACCCACCAAUGGAUUCAAGCUCUACCCAACAUGGUGAGCUCACCGAGCCAAUUCUAGCAAACCACCAUAAACCACCGGUGGCACCAGGGGAGAUAGUGAGUUCUGAACUAGAAGAUAUACUUUUGGACACAAGCUUAACGUCUUUUGGGCGUAUACAGAAGGCGAUGUCAAUAGAACUGUAUAGUUUGUUCCGGUUAGCCGGUCCAGCCAUCAUUGUUUAUUUGCUGAACAACGUUACGUCCAUGUCUACACAAAUCUUUUGUGGGCAUCUUGGUAACCUUGAGCUUGCGGCUGCUUCGCUUGGAAACAAUGGUGUCCAGCUUUUUGCAUAUGGUGUCAUGCUUGGUAUGGGAAGUGCAGUGGAGACACUCUGUGGUCAAGCAUAUGGAGCUCACCAAUAUGAAAUGCUAGGUGUUUAUCUUCAGAGAUCAACUAUUCUGUUAAUGGCAACAGCGAUUCCUCUUAUGUUUCUCUACAUUUUCUCCAAAUCACUCUUACUUUUGAUCGGUCAAUCGCCUGAGAUUGCUUCGGCCGCUGCCCUCUUCAUCUAUGGCCUCAUCCCACAGAUAUUUGCCUAUGCUGCCAACUUCCCCAUACAAAAGUUCCUGCAAGCUCAAAGUAUUGUGAACCCGAGCGCCUAUAUUGCAGCCGUGAUGCUUGUGGUUCACAUUGCAUUGACAUGGAUUGCAUUGUAUGUUUGGGGUUGGGGCUUAUUGGGUGGUUCACUCGUGUUGAGUUUUUCAUGGUGGGCGAUUGUAGUUGCACAGUUUGUGUACAUAUUGAAGAGUGAAAAGACUAAAGAGACUUGGACCGGAUUUAGCAUGCAGGCGUUCUCUGGACUUUGGCCUUUCUUGAAACUAUCGACUGCUUCUGCUAUUAUGUUGUGUUUAGAGACAUGGUAUUUUCAGAUUUUGAUUUUGAUUGCGGGUUUGCUUGAAAAUCCUGAAAUAGCAUUGGAUUCAUUGGCUGUGUGUGGGACUAUUCUAGGAUGGGUGUUGAUGAUUUCUAUUGGAUUUAAUGCUGCUGCAAGUGUAAGAGUUAGCAACGAGCUAGGGGCAGGACACCCUAAAUCAGCAGCAUUUGCAGUCAUCGUGGUGACUCUCAGCUCAUUCGUGAUUUCUUUGAUAUGUGCUAUCAUUCUCUUGGCUCUAAGACAUGUCAUAAGCUAUGCUUUUACCGAAGGUGAAACUGUUGCUGAUGCUGUGUCAGAACUUACUCCUCUCCUCGCAGUUUCUAUUCUCCUCAACGGCAUCCAACCCGUCCUUUCAGGGGUUGCUGUUGGAUGUGGAUGGCAAGCAUUUGUUGCAUAUGUGAAUGUUGGCUGCUAUUAUGUGGUUGGAGUUCCACUUGGUUCUGUCCUGGCCUUCAAGUUUAACUAUGGUGCUAAGGGAAUAUGGUCUGGUCUCGUAGGGGGUAUGACGAUGCAAACCCUUAUUCUAUUAUGGGUCACUUUCCGAACGGAUUGGAACAAAGAGGUAGAGCAAGCAAGAAAACGAAUAGAUAAAUGGCAACACAGGAAAAAGGAACCUUUGUUGAUCGAACGAUUAAUUUAAGUUGUUUUUUAUCUUUGAUGAAAACAUUGUCUAAAAAGAAGCAAUUAAUGUUCAACUUUACAAUAGAUAAGUUUAAUUUUGCGACAAUUAAAGAGAUCACUUAUCAGUUUGAAACAUAUAAACAUUGUAUGCUUCAAAUUGAUUAGUGACCCUUGUCACAAAAUUAAGGUUACUAUUUUAUUGCAAAAUAGAACAUUAAUUACCCCAUUUUAUGGUAAACUUGUUUAAUGUUUCCUCAUGUACUGAAAAAUAUUACAGUGUCUUCCAAAUAGGAUUUUGCUUUGGUG